ACCCCUCCCUCUUCUGAAAUCGUCAAACGCCGUCGCCAACGUGGAAAAGCUUGGGUGUCCCUCUUAUAAGCAUCUAAAGCUUCGGUGUCCCUCUUCUGAUCUCGAGGGAAGAGAGAUUUGAGGUUCCUGACGGUGUAAUCGGAAGAGAGAGAAACAGAUAUUGAGUGGCUUCUUCUGAUUUUCUGAUCUUUUGAGGAUAUUUGAACCAUUAAGAAGCAUUCAAAAUGCAGGCAUCAAGGGCAAGGCUGUUCAAGGAAUACAAAGAGGUGCAACGAGAGAAAACAGCUGACCCAGAUAUUCAGUUAGUUUGUGAUGAUUCCAACAUAUUUAAGUGGAAUGCUCUUGUCAAGGGUCCAUCUGAAACUCCUUAUGAAGGUGGCAUUUUCCAGCUUGCUUUUUCUGUCCCUGAGCAAUAUCCUCUGCAGCCUCCUCAAGUGCGGUUCUUAACCAAAAUAUUUCACCCAAAUGUGCAUUUUAAAACAGGAGAGAUAUGUCUUGAUAUAUUGAAGAAUGCAUGGAGUCCAGCUUGGACACUCCAAUCUGUUUGUAGGGCUAUCAUUGCCUUGAUGGCCCAUCCUGAACCUGAUAGCCCUCUAAAUUGCGAUUCAGGCAAUCUACUUCGUUCCGGUGAUAUCCGAGGAUUCCAGUCUAUGGCAAGGAUGUACACGAAGCUCGCGGCUAUGCCCAAGAAGAGCUGAACUCGUGACUUGCUUUGUUGAUUCACACUUUUGCCCUGGCAUUGUGCUGCCUCAAUUAUCGUAAUGAAAAAUACCUGCACGCUAAGCAGAAAUAAAUUCAAAAUAAAUCUGCAAUUCUAAAGUUCUCUCUCUCUCUCUCUCUCUCUCUCUCUCUCUCUCGUGAUUGUUAUGUACUACUAACACUGGGAAGCAAAUUUUUGCCAAGGGAGUAACAUUUGUGUACUAA